AUGAGCUACGGAGGAGGAUAUGGCGGUCAACGACACGGCGGGGGCGGAAGAGGUCGCCGCGGAGGAGGCGGAGGCGGCCCUCGGCAUCAUCACCCGCCUCCAGAGCGUCCAGAGGUUAAAAUUAAGCGGGCUAUCAUCAAGUUUGGUGACUCUGAUGAUCCAACACCGGUGGACGAGCUCUCAAAGGCAGCAGAAUACCUUCGAGACAAACUUCCUGCCGAUGCGAUUUGUGAAGAGCCUCAUAAAAUUCCUUAUUACGCCACGCUUCUUGCCAUCGUAUCCUCUGGUACUUCGCAAGAAGAUUCUGGCGCUUCUGGCGCGGCAAAUCUUACACGGCCUGUACUUGAAGACCUUUUUAAAGCAUUCCAAUCGUCAUUGGAUGCAUUAUCAUGGAGAGACAUCAGAUUCUUUACUCUGUUCUUCGCUCAUUUGACGAAUUUGGGAAUGAUCAAUACUGCGUCUGUUGUUGCAUUGUUACAAUCAUAUGCUGCAGUUCUCGAUGAGCCUGGUGUAUCCCAAAUUCGGGCGACAAACGCCUCGCGUUGUAUCGGUGAAGGCCUCAUUCGGGCCGGAUCUUCUCUCAACUCUUCCCACAGCUCUGCAGUGACAGACUUGGUGGCCGCCAUUCGUACCUACCAUGACUCAAUAUCCGAUGCUGCACGCGCAUUGUACCACCCACUUCCAUCUCUUACACUCUCCAGCACCCCAGCUCAGUCCGAAAAAACACACGAGCUUCUGGGCUCAUUAAUCAUCUCGCUCGAUUUGCUGGCACAAGAUAAUUGGGCGCUCCCCAUAUGCAUCCCUCAACCUGAAACGGAAUCCACCGUCAUCCCGCAAAUCUUGCGGCUUGCGGCUGAGGACAGGAUGGAUGUCCCUUCGGUCCUCGUUCCUCCCGAGGUUGAAGGAGAGGAGAAAGUAGGAGUCGAAGAGACUGGCGUUGAGUGGUGGAUUAGGAUGUAUGAUGAUGAGCUUACUCCUUCGCCUGCAACUCCAUUGGGAUACACCUUGCGAACGCUAUUUGUUGAUAUGAUCAAUAUAUACGAAGUCAACCGCAAAGAGGGUGCUCGUAUCCUUAUGGAGGUUCAUCGAUGGCUAUCCCUUGGUACUUUCCGUCCAGAGGGUGAUCGGGAAGCGACUGGCAUCAUCCUUCAGAAUUGUUUGAUCGAGGCUGUUUUAUCUCAACUUUUCCACCUUCCUCGUUCAACAUUGAAGCUCAUGUACCACGCAGCCCUCAUUAACGAGCUGUGUAAGCUCUCUCCACAAACGGUCGGCCCCGCGGUGGGAAAAAGCUUCCGGAAAAUGUAUUCUUUACUGUCCAACCCCGACCCGGUGGAAGCCGGCGCGGCUGGACUCGACACCCGGCUGGCGCACUUGUUUGCUGAAUGGUUUGCUCUACAUAUGAGUAAUUUCGGGUUUGCAUGGGUAUGGAAAGAGUGGGUUCCCGACCUAGAAUUGCCCGAGUAUCACCCCAAGCGCGGCCUGAUGCGCCGUGUGGUCGAUUACGAAACUCGCCUAGCGUAUUAUGACCGCAUAGUCAAGACACUCCCUGGGCCUAUGGUAGAGCCCGAUGCAGGCGUGAUCCCCGGACAGGCUCCUGGGCCCGUAUACGCUUACGAGAGCCCCGGACGCUGCAGAUUUGCUCGCUAUGGUCAAAGACCGCGCGAAAGCGAUGAAGUGACUGCCCACUGCCUUAAGCUCUCCCGCUCAGUCCCCGUCCAGCAUAUGGUUAUGCAAUCACUCCUUCACGUCGGCUCGCGUUCGUUCAGUCACUUCCUCAACGCUGUGGAGCGCUAUCUGCCACUUUUGCGUGGAGAAGCCGGCUCGAGCGCUGCAACGAACGAGAAGAACAGAGAAAAGGCUCGGGUUAUCCUGUGUGCUGCUGGGGAAUACUGGGAAAGGAACCAACAGAUGGUCGGCGUCGUUUUCGACAAGUUGAUGCAGUACCAGAUUAUCGAACCGAGCGAUGUUAUCGAGUAUGCGUUUGAGCUAGGUACAAAGACGGGUGAAACACCUGGCUUGAGCUGCGAGCGUUGGUUGCUGGUCGAGGCAGCAUUAAACAAGGCAAACGGGCGUGUAGUCAGCGCAAAGCGCAAGGUCGUUACGUUGAACAAGGACGAGGAGGAACGACGUGCUCGGGCGAUCGCGAAUGCCGGAGGGAUUGGAAUGGAUGUUGACGGCGAUGCGCAACCGGCUGAGCCCGAUAUGCCGACCUCUCAGAGUCUGGUGUCUGCCCAAAAGGCGCUCGAAACCCUUACCAAAGACCAAAAGAAGGCCUUCCAGUGUGCUAUCACCGGGUUUGUUAAUACACUUACCAAGGCUGGUGUCCCAGCGUUAGCACCGGCAGGCGCAUGGGGCCGAGUGGAGUGGAACGCUUGGGAGACUUGGUGCUGGUACCGUCAAUUCUGUAGAGCAUAUGUGCCACAAUUACGGAUGUUUACCAAUGCACUCGACGCGGAUAGAGAAACCGAAGUAGGAGUAUUGAUGGCGAAGACCUGGGAUACGGCGUUGGGAUGGGAGAGCUAG